GAAAUGACUUCCACAACAAGUUGGGCUGAUAUUCAACGACUUGCUGCAGAUUUGCAACGUGUUCAACUUGCUGAGAGCAAUAAGCAAAGGUUAACUGAAGCUAAUUGUGUAGAAGUUAUCAGCAUGCUUAUUUCGAUGGGAUCUAUUGAUUUGGAGUAUGUUACUCGAAAACAUUUACAAACAGAAUGUGCAAAUGAAUGUCUUGCAGCGGGGGGAAGAAUUUCUCUUACCGAUUUGGCCUCACAAUUGAAUGUAAAUCUUGAUCAUAUUUCUGGAGCUGUUAACCAUUUGGUUAGACAAAUAGACCAUGAAGAAGAUGAUGUAAAUAUAUCUACUUCAAAUGAUUUUGUUAUUUGUGCAGGAGAACUUAUUCAUCGUGAUUUUAUUAAUGGUUUAUGUGCAAAAUUGAAUGAACAGCUUGAAGAACUUGGAACUAUUUCUAUGCUUCAACUUACUCGACAAUGGGAGCUUCCAACUGAACUUCUUAAUCAACAUAUUUUGACGGAAUUGGGCACUGGGAGAAUAUCUGCAAUUCGUUUUGAAGAUUAUCUGUGCACAAAUCGUUAUAUUAAUACAUUGAAAGGCAAAUUCCGUGCUAUACUUAUUGGACUUACUAAACCUUGUCCUCUAACAGAAAUUUAUUCAUAUUUGGCAGUUAGCGAGUCUUUUUUCUUUCUUUUAUUGAACGAAUUAAAUGAUCAAGGGAAAUUACCUGGAAAACUUUUAGGAACAAAAAAUUCAAUUAAAUCGUUAUAUGUGCCUUUUAUUCAUGAAAGAAUGGCUAAACAGUUUAUUUUACAGCGUUUGUCUGAAGAACAUUUUAUUGAAUGUUCUAUUAUGAAACGUUUGAGUAUAUCUGGUGAACCAAUAUCAUUUUUCCGUGAACUACUUCCAUCUACUGAAUUUAAUGACUUGCUCUUUUGGCCUUCUGUUGUACUUUCUGAAUCACUUUUAUGGAAGGAAUUUGACUUACUUGCAAAAAAUCUUCUUCAUUCUAUUCAUUUUUGUUUAAUUGAUGAUAUUCUUCCUAUAAAACUUAUUUCUGUUCUUAAUGAUGCGGAUUAUUUAAAAAUUGUUGAAAUUUUGCAGAAAGGCUGGAAUGAAGGAUAUUUGAGGUAA